CUUGGCUCCUGUCCCUUGCAGCCUUGGGUCAUACAGCGCUCGGUGCCUGUUCAGAGAGGAGCCAGGAGCAUAGAGCCGGCAUGGGCUUGGGGGCCAGCAUGCUGAGAGCCCUCCUCCUCCUCCUGGAUGUUGGAGGAGCUCCAGUGUUAGCAACGGGCAAGUCUGCUGGGGCCGAAAUUGACAUCAAGUAUGCCCUCAUUGGGACGGCUGUGGGCGUCGCCAUAUUGGCUGUCUUCCUGGUCCUGAAGAUCUGCAUGAUCAAGAAGCAUUUGUUUGAUAUCGACUUCUCAGACUUGAGAAGCACAAACCCAGGCUUCAACGACACCGCCACACUAAAGAAGAGAGUCCCAAGGUCAAACCUCAAUUUCUCUGAAAGAGAUGAACGAGUGAUUGAGCUCUAAAUGAGUGGCCUCCUCGGGAAAGGUUGGGCAGUCUGGACAGUUUCAAUCUCAGGGAUGUCAAGAAUUUGAGCUUCCAAAGCUGGUGAUUGACCUUCAUGUGGACGUCAAUGCCCAGGCCAAGUAACAGAUGGAAUAGAGUCUACAGUGUUUCUGUCCUAAAGGAAAAUAUCAAUUCUCUUCCAUGAGAAGUGGACUCAACAGAGGGAAGCAUGAGCACUUUACCCAGCAGUAAGAAAAGAUGGAAGCCAAUAAUCCACACUGUCUAUCCUGGUCCUCCUUGGUGGAGUUGUUCAUGAUUCUGUGAUAACAUUGUGUCCAUAUCAAUGGAACCUACCCAGAGCAAAUGGCUCAUGGAAAUGGGGACCAAAGUCAAGACACAGCCUGCUUAAUACCACCAUUUAUCAAUAGGUAAGCAUCAUUUUUCUAGAACUGAUGGCUUCACCUUUUCAGUUGUCAUAAGAAUCCCCCAUGUGAAUAUUCAGGAUCCUUGAGACAUGAAGACUAUGGGGUAGUCUCUGGUCUGAGGAAUGAAAGACUGAUCUUCCACAGGAAAGAAUGGAAGACUGGGCCAGAGUGAGAGGAAGGGGUCUGAAUGGCCACGGAAUGGCCUACAGCUUUGCAGCUCUACACAAGAUGAAGCCAACAAAGGAUUAAAUUAAAAAGCCAAUGGUGGGGCGCCUGGGUGGCUCAGUGGGUUAAGCCACUGCCUUCGGCUCAGGUCAUGAUCUCAGGGUCCUGGGAUCGAGUCCCGCAUUGGGCUCUCUGCUCGGCAGGGAGCCUGCUUCCCUCUCUCUCUCUCUCUGCCUGCCUCUCCAUCUACUUGUGAUUUCUCUCUAUCAAAUAAAUAAAUAAAAUCUUUAAAAAAAUAAAAAAUAAAAAAAUAAAAAGCCAACGGUGUGCCCUGUAGGGACCCACACAGAUGUAAGGGAUUAUUGUUAUGUUUAGAGCAUUAUUUUGUGGUUAUUAGUACAAAUCUGAAUGGCUUUUGCCUAGAGGACAUGCCCGACAGAGGCUUAGGAAACGCCCAUCUUUUUAUUAUUGCCAUCAACUAAAGGCUGUGUGGCAUAGGCCUUGUUAACAUUUCUCUCCCCCAUACUCUUAACCCUGUAUUUCUGGGGCUGCAUUCUUGAAUACUCUUUGCCUUUCCAGUUCAGCAGAAAUCCAGGUGGUUGCGUGGGCUGGUUCUCCUCGGAUUGGGUUCUUCUCCUUGUGUGUGAUGAAAGAUGAGCAAUAUUUCAAAACUCAGUGCUGUGUUAUAAUAAUUUGCCUGGAUUCCCAGGGCAUCUUUUAUCUGACUUGAUAACAAUGUAGUUCAUUAGCAGCCUUUGUUAGCUGAUAACCUAAAGCGGUAACCCGAUACUCAUAAGCAAUUUUCUGUGUGUAAGAUAGAAUAAACCAUCUUGUAAGGUA